CUGACCAGACAAACCAUACCAUAUCCCACCAGAGAGGUAAGUGGGAGCUGAGAGAAGAUGAGACCUGGGGAGGGGCUACUGCACAUGAUACAGGAGAAUGCAUGGGAGGGUCCCUUCCUCGGGCAGCACAGGAGCUCUGAGACUCAGCAAGGGUGUCCUGGGAGGGCUCGGGGAUGGGAGAGUACACAGAUUCACAACUCAUUCAGAACUGUAGAAGAUGAUGGAUGUGACCAAGAUAACUUUAGUCCUAGGGGACUAGAGAAGGAAAAAGACAUGAGGCCGUAGGGUAUCUUUGUGUUCUCCCACUGACCAUGCUUUCUUUAGUGAUUCCUGAUUGCCUCCUCAAGUCACAGACUCCUAUGCUGCUUCCCAUGGCCCUGCCCAGCGUAUCUUGGAUGCUGCUUUCCUGCCUCAUGCUCCUAUCUCAGGUUCAAGGUGAAGAACCCCAGAAGGAACUGCCGUCUGCACGGAUCCACUGUCCCAAAGGCUCCAAGGCCUAUGGCUCCCACUGCUAUGCCUUGUUUUUGUCACCAAAAUCCUGGAUGGAUGCAGAUCUGGCCUGCCAGAAGCGGCCCUCUGGAAACCUGGUGUCUGUGCUCAGUGGGGCUGAGGGAUCCUUCGUGUCCUCCCUGGUGAAGGGCAUUAGUAGUAGCUACUCAUACGUCUGGAUUGGGCUCCAUGACCCCACACAGGGCACCGAGCCCAAUGGAGAUGGAUGGGAGUGGAGUAGCACUGAUGUGAUUAAUUACUUUGCAUGGGAGAGAAAUCCCUCCACUAUCUCAAGCCCCGGCCACUGUGCGGGCCUGUCGAGAAGCACAGCAUUUCUGAAGUGGAAAGAUUAUAACUGUGAUGCGAGGUUACCCUAUGUCUGCAAGUUCACUGCCUAGGGCUGGAGGAAAGUCAGCAGCCUGUGUUUGGUGUGCAACUCAUCAUGGGCAUGAGACCAGUGUGAAGACUCACCCUGGAAGAGAAUAUUCACUUAAUUCCCUCAAACCUGACCACCUCACUCUUAUCUUCCUUCUGUUUCUUCCUCCCCGCUCUCAUUUCAGUCUCUUCAUUUUGUCAUAUGGCCUAAGUCUUUAAAGAGCAAUAUAAUAACAUUUUUAGUCUGCA